UCGACCGGCGUCUCAUCUGCUAGUGUUCACCUUCUUGCCACAGGCGCACCACGACCUUUAAGUAGUGGUAUCUCUGCAAAAGCUUUGUCAGGCUUCAUCGAUUAUGACACUCUCGAACUGAAUCUGUCAAGGCGGCUGACCCGUCUCCUUGCACGUUCACAUUCUCUGCCAAUAGGAAUGGUUCUUCUUCUACACCAACUUGGCUGUCCCGUUAACCGUCGGCUGCCUAUCGCGCCAUCAAUUUUUCGAAGUACUACCCUCCCAUCAUACGUGAAUCCUACUUCGACUUCACUAGUUUCUCUUUGUGCCUCUUCAUCGCGUGGUCAGCCGAGUCUGAAUUCAGUUUUGCUAAAUGGAGCUUCCUUUGCUGACACCAUAGCUUCCAAUAGUUCCUCUGAACUACUUGGAGUUGGAGGUUUUGAGACUCGCCAGCUAUGUGUAGCCGUUAGUCGUCUGUUGACUGGCCUUCAGAGCUCGGUUCGAAUUUGCCCUGCACGAUUGGAUACGAGUGGUGUACUAGCUGGUGGUGAUAAACUACAUCCAGUUAUGAAGUUUAUUUCGACUUCAAAUCCGCUAAUUACAGAUGCUUCAGGUCACCACAUCCGUGCUUUCGACUCGGAGAUGCAUAAUCGUCGACCUAGUAGCCUACUUUCAUCAUUCACAUCCACUGCUACCUGGCUUUCGUCCGCAGCUGCUAUUCUUCUUGCCGAGCCAGUGCCUCUACCUUCCCUGCAGCUCCAUUCGGUUCCACCUCAUGGCAUUAUACAAACGCCAGCAGGACCAACAAUACCACCGAGUCAGGCUUUGCUUGCAUCGAACUCCGCGGCUGCUCUAAGUCAAGUUCAGGGCCAGGUGCAUCAUCACCAUCAUCAUCAUCAUCACCAUCCAAACCAUAUUCUUCAGCACUCAUCGGGGACGACUGGUUCAACUGGCCUUCCUGCGCCACCUCCUCUGCCCCCUGGAGUGUUAGCAACCCUUCCUCCAGGUGGUCUGCUUCAAGGAGAAGGAGGUAAUAGCCAGUAA